CCCCCUGUGAAAUCAUCCCACCCGUCUGAGCUGCACUAAUUAAUCACCCACAUUGCCGGUGCCAGGGAUUUGCUCCAGAUCUGCCCGGUGUCCGCCCCUGCUGUGUCUAUGGAGGAGAGGGACAACACCAAUAGGAACAAUGACCAGAGGCGGAGCGAACUGCUGGCUCUGCUGAUGCAGAAAGCACAGAGGCGGACCCAGAUAGUAAGAGAGAAGGAGGAUGCCAAGCAAUAGAUGUUCUCCAGCCUCAGCAGCAGCAGCAGCAGCAGCCGGCAGAAGCAGGGCUACAACCAGUACAUCAGCGUAAGCAGCAGUGCCAGAAGCAUGUGAGCCGGAGCGACAGUGCCAGGAGGCACUCAAUGGAGGAACAUGAUGGUCGUCCGAUUCCAGGAAGGGCUCAGGCUUUAGUGAGAGGAGUCUCAUUGCCUGUGCUGUCAUCAGGCAUUAGUUCAGCUGCACAGCAAACUGGAGCUGGAGUAACUUAUCAGGCGCUCUGAGGUCGGCAUGAUUGCCACUGGGGGUCUACUGAGGAUCUCUGCACGGAAACAAGAUCCUCUCAGACCCAAAAGUCAAGCUCCAAAACGCAAGCGGAAAGCAAAAAGGAAGCGUAAGAAUGAUGUGGUAGUAGUAAAGGGCAAACUUAAAUUUUGCUCUGUCUCUGGAUUAAUUGCUCUAUUUGGAAUAUUGGUUCUUCUUGUUGGAAUUGCCAUGGCUGUUAUAGGAUAUUGGCCAAAAAGUCACUCAGUUCAUCAUGGAGGUCUAGGGACCAAUAAAGCCAAAUUUUCAUCAGGUGAUACAAAUGUAAUCAGUGCAAAUAAAAAUCAAUCCCGGAGCCAUCACAGCAGUCAAGGGGCUAAUCAAAAUGCCUUCAUAAUAAGCAACACAAACUUAACAAGAAAUCUUCAGCAAAAAACAUCUGGUUUCCUUGCAGGUUUGUUUUCUGGAUACUUGCACUCAGAUAAUCUUAAAGUUUUUGGUCCUCUAAUAAUGGGUAUUGGAAUAUUUCUGUUUAUUUGUUCAAAUGCAGUUCUUCAUGAAAACAGAGACAAGAAAACAAAGAUCAUCAAUCUGAGGGAUCUCUACUCUACAGUUAUUGAUGUUCAUGGCAUGAAAUGUAAAGAUGGAACUCCUCUAAAUGGGUUUGUUAAUUACGUGCAAUCUCGGAGCGUGGAUAUGAAAGGUGGAGACACAUUUGGGGCUGCAAUGCUGGCCAAGAGCUCCUGGCAUUCUGCUCUUGGUGGUACUAUUAAUUUCUCUCCUCCAAAUCUAAAAGAAACAAGGACGUCCUCUCCUAAGGUGCACCGUCAUGUGACAGACAAAGCAAACAUGAAUGAUGCAAUAUAUAGUAUUUACAGGGAGAGGUCAAACUCUGCUCUACCAUUUGACAGAAUUUCAGGGAGAGAUGGCGAAAAUGAUUCCCUCUCAGGAUCACCUGACCUAGGAUGGGGUAGGAGCAGUACAUGUUCUAUUGUUGGUCCUUCCCUUAGCGCAUUUACGCUGCCCGUUGUUAAGUUAGAUAGUUGUCUUUUGGAGAAGAAUGAAGAACAUGGAGAUGGGGAAAAAAGUGCCAAAGAAGUAACCAAGGGAGAGAUUGAACUAAGUUUGAGCAAAUUUAGCCAUGCAGACUUAAAUUGGGAAAUUCCCAAAACCCAUAGAAAGGUACCAUUAAGACGCCAGAGCACAAGCUGUCUGCCUGACUAUAGGAGACCUAUGUCUCCUGGGCAUCUGUCAGACUUAGGUAGCCAGUCGCUAAGUAGCACAGACUUAGACUGUAGCCUUUUGGUGAGAGCUUCUCCAUUUGGCAAAACAAAACCUGCUGCUCUUGUGGAUUCUUUUACAACAGCAACAUUGAUAAAAAGAGAUUCCCAGAGCUCAGGGUCUGACCAAUCAAGCAAUAAGGGCUACAUUCAUCUUGAGGAGGCAGGAACCUCUUUUGAGUCUAUAGACACCUCAGCCAAUAAAACCCAAGACUGUGAGGAAAACAAGACUAUAGACCUUCAAAUGUCCUUGGAAGAUGCCAGCACAGAAAAACAUGUAGUACAUCUCCAGAGACAGUACACAAAUAAAGAAAAAUUGUUGAUGCUCUCCAGGUCUCACGCUAAGUCCGAUGACAAUGAAAUAGAUAACACAAGUAUUUAAGGCACUAAUUAAAUUAUAGCAAAAAUCAACCCUAAGGUUUGUCCACGCAAUGUUGCAGAAUAUGUUGUAUUACAGGGAACCUUGCCAAUAUCCAAAGACCUGCAGUGUCAACAGUUUCCAUACGUAUUGAUAACCAUCACAAACACCUGAUUGUAUGUAUGAUUUAAACCAAACUGUAUUAAUAAACUGUGAAAUAGCCCAUCUUUAACUUUCAA